AAAUAAAAAAGCAGAGUGGGAGGAUACGGGAAAGAUUGCAACGGAAUUGCAAAGAGAGAAAAAAAAGAGGCAUUGCAAAACAAAGCGGGCGGAACAAACAAAGCAAAAUAACGGAGCAAAAAUAAAUAACUUUAAAGGAAUAACUGGGUGGGGGGAAGGCGAUUGAGAAACUAGGGAGUCGCGGAAAAGUACAGACGACAGAGGCGAAGGAGAAAAGGGAGGAACCGAACCCAGCCGGGGAGAGAGGAACCUUGCACCCUCCCAGGGAGGGCAUUGCAGCAGCAUCGGCAGGAGCCCCGGGGCACGUGCCGUUGCCAGGGAGCCGGCGGUUGCCAGGGAGGAGGAGGAGGAGGAACACUUGCCCCGGUUGCCAUGGACCAGUCGGGUGUGCUGCAGGAGACGCUGGCCCCAGGGCACUGCUGCCUAACAGCGGUACAAGGGAUAAUGCAACAUGGAGAAUCGAUUGAAAGCCGUAUUAUCGGACUUGUGGAGUGCAGUGGCGAGUAUGCGAUUUUCAUGUACACUCAUAGAAGAAUGGCAAUUAUCCCAGAAGACGUUUCAUUGCAAGAAAUAGUGCCUGUGUCAGAAGAUUUAAUCAUUGAAGAAGUGUUUCAGGAAUCACAUGUCAUAGGUUCUGAUACUACAGUCAAAAUAAUAUCAAGAGAUGUUGAUCUAGAACUUCAGCUUCCCUUUGGAUCACAGGCCAAGAUCUUCCUACAGGAAGCCAAUAAAGUAUGUGAAGAGUUACUCAAACAAGCUGUAUCUGGAGGAUUCCCACCUCAAUUUUUAUGGCUAUCGAAGUAUAAACAAAAGAAAGGUUUCCAGUUGCACAGAUCCCUGCGGAUGGAACAUGCAAAUUGUCCUUCAUCCUCGACUAGCCAGAAAGGCGAUUCUGAUCUGCUAGCAAUUAAACAUGGCGGUAAAGAGAAGGACAGUUGCAUGUAUGAAGAUGGCUGUGACCCAACUGCAGGAAAAUAUUCCUCUGACCUAGAAACAUGCUCUGAUGCCUCCACUAGUUGCUCUACACAUCCUCCUGCAACAAAGCCUGAGAAAAUGAAACCUGACAUAACUGAUGACAAGGUCCGCAAAGCUGACAUCUUGCCAACAAGCAAAGCCCAAAUCCUCACGAUGCCACAGUUUGGCCUGCGGGAUAAUCUGAUCAAAUCAGAGUUGCUGAAGCAAGAAGAAAAAUACACUUACAUCAGAAACUAUAGGAUUUUUGCAGGGACAUACAAUGUGAAUGGCAAGUCUCCUAAGGAGGAUCUGAGGCCUUGGCUGAGCUCUGAUUCUGAACCACCUGAUAUCUACUGUGUUGGUUUUCAGGAAAUUGACCUGAGUAAAGAAACAUUCCUUUUUAAUGAGACACCAAGGGAGGAGGAGUGGUUCAUAGCUGUUUCUGAAAGUCUUCAUCCAUCAGCUGCAUACGCAAAGAUCAAGCUUGUCCGGUUGGUUGGAAUGAUGCUCAUGUUGUUUGUGAAGAAAGAACAUGCUGCCUAUGUAACUGAAGUAGAAGUGGAAACAGUGGGAACAGGCAUCAUGGGAAGAAUGGGUAACAAAGGCGGAGUAAGCGUAAGGUUUCAAUUUCAUAACACCACCUUGUGUGUCGUUAACUCGCACCUUGCAGCUCAUACUGAAGAAUGUGAUAGGCGAAAUCAAGAUUACAAAGACAUCUGUAGCAGAAUGCGUUUUAUUCAAUCCACUCUGCCACUAACCUCUCUCACAAUCAUGAAACAUGACAUGAUAAUUUGGCUUGGAGAUCUGAACUACAGAAUAUGUCAUCCAGACGUAGAAGUAAUUAAAAAGCUAAUAGCAUUGAAGGAUUAUCAGAAACUCUUCAAAUAUGAUCAGCUAUCAAAACAUAUGGAGGAGUCGGGUGUAUUUCAAGGAUUCAUGGAAGGACCUAUCAACUUUCAACCAACCUACAAAUACGAUAUUGGCUCUGAUAAUUGGGACACAAGUGAGAAAUGUCGAGUUCCCGCAUGGUGUGAUCGAAUCCUUUGGAAAGGAAGCAACAUCAAGCAAUUGGAAUAUCGCAGUCACAUGGCUUUGAAAAUCAGUGACCAUAAACCAGUUAGCGCAAUCUUUUUAGCUGGGAUAAAGGUGGUCAAUGAAGAAUUAUUCAAAAAGACAUAUGAAAAUAUUGUUCGUCAUUUAGACAGGAUGGAGAAUGAUUCUAUUCCUUCAGUAUCCUUGUCCAAAACAGAGUUUCAUUUUGAGAAUGUGAAGUUCAUGCAGCUUCAGGUUCAAACACUCACAAUUGCAAACACUGGACUAGUUCCCUGUCAGUUUGAAUUCAUCACCAAGCUGGAUGAGCCUUCGUACUGCAAACCAUGGUUCAGUGCUACACCGAAUAAGGGGAUUUUGAGUGAGGGGGAAAGAGUAGAAAUUGAAUUAGAAGUGUAUGUGAAUAAAUUUACUGCACUCUCAUUAAAUAUGGGAACCGACCGCAUUGACGAUAUUUUAAUUUUGCAUCUGCAACGAGGAAAGGACUACUUCGUGGCCAUUUGUGGGAAUUACCUCCCAAGUUGCUUUGGAUCCUCGUUACAAGCACUUUGUUACAUGAAGGAGCCAAUCCGAGAAGUGAAACCUGAAAGAAUAGAGGAGCUGGAAAGAAUGGUCAAGGAGAAUAGAUCUUUUGAUAUCUUUGCAAAUGAGGAGCCACUUGACAUCCCUAAAGAACUCUGGAUGUUGGUUGACCACUUGCACCGAAAUGCUUCACUCCAGGAUGAUCUGUUCCAACAGCCAGGACUGAAGUCAGAAUUUGAGGAAAUACGAGACUGUUUAGAUACUGGAAUCCCAGACUUCCUCCCUGGCAGUAACCAUUCUGUAACUGAAGCACUGUUGCUCUUUCUGGAUGCCCUUCCAGAACCAGUCAUCCCUUACAAAUUCUACAAGAAAUGUUUGGAGAGUUCGUGCAACUACACUCUCAGCAAACAGGUUGUUGCCAUGCUACCUCAAGUCCAUAAGAAUGUGUUCAAUUACUUAAUGGCUUUCCUCCAAGACCUUCUGAAAAAUGCUGAUCACAAUAACCUUGAUGUGCCUACACUUGCAAGCAUCUUUGGGACACUUUUGCUGAGACCACCUCCCAAUGCCACAAAUCAGGAUAAUGUUAUUGAGAAUAAGAAGGCAGCACAGUUGUUCAUUGCACGUUUGAUAACAUGGAAGGAUUGUUAACUGAAGCAGCCUGACCCAGCCAACAUAGUGUUUAUUUUAUACUUUUCAAUAAAAUUGUACAAUUUCA